AUGCAUUUCACCGGCUUCACUGUUGUUGCUUUCUCAGCUUUCCUUCUUACAGGCACUGUCUCUGCUGGUGUUGGCAGCGGUUGGUGCCAUCAACGUAACAACUGUUGUUACUCUUCUGGAGCAGCUUGCAGGCGUCAGUUUGGAUGGGACAUUACUGGAGUCUGCGAUGAGGGUAGUCACGACCCUAGUCUUUGGACUUUGUGCGAAGAAGUCAACGUCACUCGUAAACAAUGUGACGCCGACUGCUGCGACAUUAAGACUGGAUGGGGACGCGGUUGCCCCAAUUAGAUGUAGUCUACUAUUGUGCCGUAGCACAGAGUGAUAACUAAUAAGGAAUUACCAAGUAUGAAUAACUAACUGUGACUUGGUGGAGUCACGAGU